CUCUCCUACAGCGUUAUUCCUCUCUCCUACAGGGUCCAUCACAGUUACAUGCUCAUGGCCAAUUAUGCAAAUUUAGCGCCUUCUAGCGACUUUUAGGACAGCCAAUAGCUACUUUCCUUACUGAGGAGUUGGCAACACUGCGGGGCAUACCUCUAUAUCAUAUCUGUAGGUUGACCUAGGGACAUCAUACCUGAAAGCGUUCACAUAUUUGACUUUUACAUUUUAGUCAUUUUAGCAGACGCUCUUAUCCAGAGCGACUUACAGACUUCUAUUUCAUCAUAAAAUUAGCACUUUGGAGAAAGUCACCCAAUGACUGUCGUCGGCCAAAUGGGAACCUGUCCCCUGCUCCCGACACGUCUGGUUUUCUCCUCCCCUGGCUUUACCUGUGGGACGCUCUAACUACCUCAACUCAAGUGCCACAUCAACUGCUCUCGUCAUCGCUCAUCGCCAUAUUGGAUAAACUACCAGUGGACGGGGAGAGUGGAGGCUGAGGGAAAUACUGCUUAUAUGUCGCUACAUUGGUUGGGGUCUAGUUGUCAUUACCAGGGCUAAAACAAUCAUUGGAGUCGGGUAGCUGUAUGUGUCCGGCAAAUUAAAGUGGUUUAAAUCACGGCCGGGGCAGUGAGAGGCCCGAGGUGAGCUGGGUUGGUUUCGUCGUUAUCGUUAGAAACUUGUAGACAUGACUUCCCUGACACAGCGGAGCUCGGGCCUAGUGCAGAGGCGGACCGGGGCCUCUCGUACCGCUACCGCCGACAAGGACGGAGGGUCCGGGGAUGAGGACUUCGAGCCCCGCCGCGGGGAAGAGCAGCAGGAGGAACAAGACAAGGGAGACUCCAAAGAAACUCGACUCACUUUGAUGGAAGAAGUGCUACUCUUGGGAUUGAAGGACCGCGAGGGCUACACGUCGUUCUGGAACGACUGCAUCUCGUCAGGUCUGCGCGGCUGCAUGCUGAUAGAGCUGGCCGUCCGAGGACGCCUACAGCUGGAGGCUUGUGGCAUGAGGAGGAAAAGCCUGCUCGCCAGGAAGGUGAUCUGUAAGUCAGAUGCUCCGACGGGGGACGUGCUAUUGGACGAGGCUCUCAAACACGUAAAGGAGACCCAGCCGCCAGAGACGGUGCAGAGCUGGAUUGAGCUGCUCAGUGGCGAGACGUGGAACCCUCUGAAGCUGCACUAUCAGCUGAGGAAUGUGAGGGAGCGCCUGGCCAAGAACCUGGUGGAAAAGGGCGUGCUGACCACGGAGAAACAGAACUUCCUCCUCUUCGACAUGACCACGCACCCUCUCACCAACAACAACAUCAAACAGCGCCUCAUCAAGAGGAUUCAGGAGGCCGUGUUGGAGAAAUGGGUCAACGACCCGCACCGCAUGGACAAACGGCUGCUCGCCCUCAUCUUCCUGGCCCACUCGUCUGAUGUCCUGGAGAAUGCCUUCGCCCCCCUGCUGGACGACCAGUAUGACCUGGCCAUGAAGAGAGUACGGCAGCUACUGGACCUGGAGCCAGAGGGGGAGAGCAUGAAGACCAACGCCAAUGAGUUGCUGUGGGCGGUGGUGGCUGCCUUCACCAAGUGACCUGACCUACCACCUUCAGACACCAGAGGGUUGGGUGGGUAAUGACGAUGGUGGUGGUUAUGGUGUGAAGGGAGAGGGAGACGACAGGACAGUUUGGGGUGGGACAGAGAGGAGAGGGCUGGUCCUCAGUCUGGUAGUGAGUGACUUGACUGACUUGAGUUCACCUCCGCCUUUCUGAACAGAAUGGACCGGUCCAGACCUGCCCCACACUUUCUGAACAGAAUGGACCGCUCCAGACCUGUCCCAGAGCUUUCUGAACAGAAUGGACCGCUCCAGACCUGUCCCAGAGCUUUCUGAACAGAAUGGACCGCUCCAGACCUGUCCCAGAGCUUUCUGAACAGAAUGGACCGGUCCAGACCUGUCCCACAGCUUUCUGAACAGAAUGGACCGCUCCAGACCUGUCCUAGACUUUCUGAACAGAAUGGUCCGGUCCAGACCUGUCCCACAGCUUUCUGAACAGAAUGGACCGCUCCAGACCUGUCCUAGACUUUCUGAACAGAAUGGUCCGGUCCAGACCUGUCCCACAGCUUUCUGAACAGAAUGGACUGCUCCAGACCUGUCCCACUACUUUCUGAACAGAAUGGACCGCUCCAGACCUGUCCCAGAGCUUUCUGAACAGAAUGGACCGCUCCAGACCUGUCCUAGAGCUUUCUGAACAGAAUGGACCGCUCCAGACCUGUCCCACGACGUUCUGAACAGAAUGGACUGGUCCAGACCUGUCCCACUACUUUCUGAACAGAAUGGACUGGUCCAGACCUGUCCCACAGCUUUCUGAACAGAAUGGACCGGUCCAGACCUGUCCCACAGCUUUCUGAACAGAAUGGACCGGUCCAGACCUGUCCCAGACUUUCUGAACAGAAUGGACCGGUCCAGACCUGUCCCACAGCUUUCUGAACAGAAUGGACCGCUCCAGACCUGUCCCAGACUUUCUGAACAGAAUGGACCGGUCCAGACCUGUCCCACAGCUUUCUGAACAGAAUGGACCGCUCCAGACCUGUCCCAGACUUUCUGAACAGAAUGGACUGCUCCAGACCUGUCCCACAGCUUUCUGAACAGAAUGGACCGCUCCAGACCUGUCCCAGACUUUCUGAACAGAAUGGACCGGUCCAGACCUGUCCCACAGCUUUCUGAACAGAAUGGACCGGUCCAGACAUGCCAUUUAAAUCCCUCACUUUUACUAAAAACUAAAAACUCCCCUCUGAUCAAGCGACGUACGUUUUUGAAAACUGGACUGACUGAAAUAUAAAGAUUCAAUCAUCCUCCUUCUCUCUUCCUCCCUGGACAAACGUUUUCCUUUCAAAGUAUGUUAUGUAUUCUCUCCAGGUAUCUAGCUCUAACUCACUUUGACGUAUAUUAAUCCACUGUUCUUCAGUGAUGUACAUGCUGAUUCCAUGUACGUGAAACAUAGUAACAGUAUAUGAAUACUAGAGAAUUAUUCUCCAGACAAGUCUUGGAUUUGAUUUCCUCUCCCAACACGACGACAUCAUGACGACAUGGUCUGAAGUUUCCUGUUUCUGAUUUACUCGUAUGAUUUAUGAAUGAAAGCUUCUCUCAUGUAGGUGUUUGGGUUCCCAGGGGCUGCGUCUGAAUUCUACCUUACUAAGUAACAAAGAAACGGCUCCAAUGACCCAGUACGGAUGUCCCUCUGUGCGAAUGAAAAGGACAAUCUUCCAAAACGUUCACCUGACUCAUGUUUCUUGAAGUCAAUCAGUUUAUUUUUGUAACUUUCUCAUAAUCAAUUUGUCGUCAGUUGUGUCUGUGCACACCAAGGUCUGAAAUGAAUAAAACAAUCAAAAGGAUGGAUGGACCAAAUUCCACUUGAUUUGUUUUUGUGUAUAGUUAUAGAGAUACUGUAUGUAUGUAUUCAACCCCUGUCUGAGUAGCUUGGUUAGCUUAGUUUGAACUGGGAAUGCAGCUUGCCUCCAUUACAAUGUGCUUCUUUUAGAGGGCAGGGAUUUUAGCCUGCUUCCUGUUCUAAACUCAUAUGGUCACUGUCAGGCCACAGGACUUGGUAAGACAGCACAAACAUCCUGCUUCCUGUUCUGAACUCGUAUGGUCACUAAGACAGUACAAACAUCCUGCUUCCUGUUCUGAACUCGUAUGGUCACUAAGACAGUACAAACAUCCUGCUUCCUGUUCUGAACUCGUAUGGUCACUAAGACAGUACAAACAUCCUGCUUCCUGUUCUGAACUCGUAUGGUCACUAAGACAGCACAAACAUCCUGCUUCCUGUUCUGAACUCAUAUGGUCACUGUCAGGCCACAGGACUUGGUAAGACAGCACAAACAUCCUGCUUCCUGUUCCUGUUGUGUGAUGUCUUGUUCAAACGGCCAUCAUUAAGAAAGCCUUUGCCCAAUCACCAUAUCCUGCUCUUGAUUUCAUGCUAUUUGAUCAGAACGCUCAUGAUUUGUUCUGGAAUAACUUUUUUUCACUAUAUAGUUUUAUUUUAUUUCUUGGGCUCGUUCUGUUUUGUUUCCAAUACAUGUUAUAUUGAUAUUGGCAUUGCUUUACAGUAGCUCGCUACCUUCACAUGGUAAUUAUUGUAUGUAGCAGACACGUGGGGUUAAUCAAUCAAUCAAUCAAUCAAUCAAUCAAUGUAUGGUGAUUCGGGGACGUGUCAUAAUGAUAUUGAGGUUUACAGGUGUCAGAAGUUAGUCUUUACAACAUUCUGAGGGUUUGUCCCAAGUGGCACCAUAUUCCCUAUAUAGUGCACUACUUUUGAGCAGGGCCCUAACCUGGACCCUAACCAUAUGGGCUGUGGUCAAACGUAGAGCACUAUAUAGGGAAUAGGGUGUCAUUCUCUGGUCUAAAGUAGUGCACUAUAUAGGGAAUAGGGGGCCAUUUGGGACACGCCCUGUGUAGUCUGACUACUGAGUAGUUCUGAGUCGCUAGGAGAUGCUAGCUAGGGGAUGCUAGCUAGGGGAUGCUAGCUAGGGGAUGUCUGUUGUGAGUAUAGGAGGAGAUGCUAGCUAGGGGAUGCUAGCUAGGUGAUGCUAGCUAGGGGAUGCUAGCUAGGAGAUGCUAGCUAGGGGAUGUCGUCUGUGAGUAUAGGAGGAGAUGCUAGCUAGGGGAUGUCUGUUGUGAGUAUAGGAGGAGAUGCUAGCUAGGGGAUGUCGUCUGUGAGUAUAGGAGGAGAUGCUAGCUAGGGGAUGUCUGUUGUGAGUAUAGGAGGAGAUGCUAGCUAGGGGAUGUCUGUUGUGAGUAUAGGAGGAGAUGCUAGCUAGGGGAUGUCGUCUGUGAGUAUAGGAGGAGAUGCUAGCUAGGGGAUGUCUCUAGCUGUGGUCUUUAUAAUAAAGGGACCUAUAAUAUGUAUUCUUUACUUUGACCAUAAAAUAAACUAAGAUCUGGGAAGUGCCUAAAUACA